AUGGGAAGCUGUGAGCUUGAAAAUGCUGAUUUCGUGGAACCGGAUGAGGAAUUUGCUGAAGAUGAUUUAUUCGGUUUGGAUGAUAUGAGCGAGGCUAAUUUGGACAAAGAAUUAGAUUUGACUGAUUCGGUUACUAUCACAUCUUCGUUUCUGGAACGUGAUAAUUUCGAAAAGGAACUUGGUUGUUCAGCAGAUGAUCCGUUUGCAGAAGAUUUCAUUGAUAUAAGCCAACAUGAAAUUGUGAAUGUGAUUGCCGACGGUGAUUGGGUGGGAAGACCGAUUGUGGUAGUCUACGCUUAUCGACUUCCUUCAAAUAAAACGUUUGACCAUGCGAAAUUUUUACGAUUUUUACAGUUUACAUUGGAUAAAUUAGUUGAGUUAGAUUAUACUAUUCUGUAUUUCCACUAUGGAUUGCGAAGCAAUAACAAACCAUCCUUAAAAUGGCUUCUUCAAGCAUAUUUCGUUCUAGACAGAAAAUAUAAGAAGAACUUGAAAGCGCUUUAUUUGGUUCAUCCGACACGAUUCAUUCGCAUUAUUUGGAGCAUUUUUAAACCAUUUAUAUCUAUUAAAUUUGAGCGGAAGAUUCAUUAUGUCAAUUAUGUUCAUGAAUUGGAUUCGGUUUUGCGAGUGGAGCAACUUAAUCUUCCUCAGCCUAUCAAAGACCAUGAUUCAUCACUACUUCUGGCUUCACGCAUUACGCCUGAUAAAUCACAGUUAACCAGAAAUUUCUGCCCAACGCCGCGCCCAACGCAACAGUUCAAUGUUCCGUUAGAAUUCAUAUUAUCACACAAUCCUGACUGUGAUGUACCUCCUGUGGUCACUGAUCUCAUUGCAUUUUUGCGCAACAAUUCAUUAAACGUCGUUGGAUUGUUCAGGCGAUCUGCUGAAGUUAAUUCGAUUCGAAAAUUGCAAGAACGUAUUGAUCGAGGUGAACAAAUAGAUUUUGUGAAUGAAGAACUGUAUAAGGAUAAUUUACAAGCAGCAUCUAUCGAUGCUUCGGUUUUGCUGAAGACAUUUCUACGUUCACUCGGUGAGCCGGUUACUACCAAUGCACUGUACCCCAAGCUUGCUGCUCUCUCAGAAUUGCCAAAGGACAGUAAAUUAGGAGCAAUCAUUGAAAUUGUGGAUGCUCUUCCACUUGAAAAUCGAAUGUUGUUGAAGACGGUAUGCCAGUUCUUGACAGAGGUGGCUGCUCAUAGCAAAGAAAAUAUGAUGAAUGCUAACAAUCUUAGUGUCGUUUUCGGCCCAAAUUUAACUUGGCCUACAAAUCGCGAGGUUCCAGUAACUCAGUUAAAUAACCUGAAUAAUUUCUGUUAUCGUUUGAUCAUAGACUAUGAUAAAGUAUUCAAGGGAAAAUAA